CGGGUCUUGGCACUUUCCUUCCGGAGCGCUGAUUAAUUCAAUGGGAAGAUCGAGAAAAUGGAUAGCAACGAGUACCGAGGUUAUGAAGGCUAUGGCUACUACAACACCAGCAGCAGUGGUGGUGCAGAUUCGCAGGCCUACACCAGCUUCUGGGAGACCGGGAGGCCCAGCGCUGGAGGAGGGGCCACCAUGAGCAGGGGGGGCGGUGGAGGGGGGGCCUCGGGGCCGCAGGGACAGAGGGCCCCGGGCCCCAGCGGGAAGUCUUCAGAAAGCCCAGACUCCAUCAUCGCCAAAAUCAACCAGCGCCUCGACCUGCUGUCCCGAGACAGCGGGGGGAAAAACAGCCAGGAAAGCUCCUUCAGCUUCGAGGCCUUCCAGUCGUACAUGCCGGUCAGUAAGGAGCCGUACCGCUUCAGCACGGAGACGGGGGGGUGCAGCGAGGGGGCAGCCGGACCCCCACAGACCCCCGAAAACCACUCUGCCGGUCGCCCGGGCAAGGGCGGGGCCAGCCGGCGAGGAGGGGGCUCGGGGGGCAACAAAAACAGGGGAGGGGGCAACCGAGGGGGCGGGAGAGGAGGGCACACCCAGCAAGGCAGGGCCCAGAACCGGCGGAGUGGAGGAGGCGGGGGCGGGGGUCCCCAGUACCCGCCGGCCCCUGACCCCUACAUGCGCUACGGGAUGCCCCCCCCGCCCAUGCACCCCCACCAGCUCUCCUCGUCCAAGCGCCUCUCGGCCCGCUGGAACGAGCUCAACUACAUGGGGCCCCAUUCCGGCAUGGGCCCCCAGGGCGGGGCCCUCGGGCAGCUCCCCUCGCUGUUCCCCGGACGGCCCCUGGCCCCGCCCGACUUCAUGGGCCCGCCCGGGCCCCAGCACCACCCCCCCGCCCAGCCGCACGGCAUGAUGGGACCGCGCUUCCCCGCCUUCCCCCCGUACGGGCUCCCCGGGCCCUGGCAGAGGCCCGGCAGGAAGCGCUCCCGCUCGGAGAGAGAGGCCCGGCAGAAAGCACGAGGCGGUGCCAAGAACACCGAGGGGAAGAAGAAGCGCCGUCGAACAGAAUCUGACGGAGAGGAGUCUGAGCACAGGGAGGAUGAGGAAGACAACGCCGAUGGGGUGCCAGAGGAGGUAACAGGGCCGGUAACAGGGCCGGGAACAGGGGAGGAGGGAGAGAAGAAACCGACGGCUGGCGGCGAGGAAGAGGAGGAGGAAGAGCCGAAGAAGAAAAGCAGGGGGCGCAGAAGUAAAGAGAAACAGCAGAAAGAGAGGUCGAAGAUGCUGUUCGCCUGCUCGCUCUGUAAGUUCAGGACGGCCGACUCCACGGAGAUCCACACCCACCUGGAGAGCCAGCUCCACAGGGACAUCAUCGGCUUCCUGGAGGGCAAGAUGCCUGAUGGCACCGCCAAGUUCCUGCAGGAGUACACGGUGUACCGGAACAAGAAGAUCCUGAAGAAGAGGCAGGAGGUGUUUGAUAAGGACGGACGAGCACAGAAAGCAGAUCCUUUCACAGACCUGGCUCAGGACGAGUUCUGCCGGCGCAUCGAGGCAGCGCACUGCAUGGCGUGUGACAUGGUCAUCCCGGGACUGAGGCAUCUGCUGCAGCAGCACCUGGCCUCCAAGGAGCACCUGAGGAACCGCCAGGCCAUCACCGAUCAGUUCAAGAUGUCCAGUGUGCAAAUAGCCAAGAGCAUCCUGAGCAACAAGAACAUCAGCCAAAUGCUGGAGAAGCAUUUAAAGGGAGAAGACCCCUUCACAGAGGAGGUGGAGGACCAGGAGACGCAGGAGGGGGGCGCGGCACCAGCGGGCGAGGGGACGAGUGGAAAGGAGGGACCGACCGGCGGACAGACGGAGGGAGAGAGAGAAGGACAGACGGAGGGAGAGACGGAGGGAGAGAGAGGCCCGGCCGACGCAGCGCAGAGUACAGGGGACGCCCCGCAGGGAGCGGGAGCCGAGGGGUCACCGUUCUCCCUGGAGACGGUCGCCGUUCUCCGGUCUCCCUGGAGACGGUCGCCGUUCUCCGGUCUCCCUGGAGACGGUCGCCGUUCUCCGGUCUCCCUGGAGACGGUCGCCGUUCUGCCUGGAGACGGUCGCCGUUCUCCGGUCUCCCUGGAGACGGUCGCCGUUCUCCGGGUUCUGGGUCUGGAGCCAGAUCGAGUACUUUCUCCAGUGCGCUAG